AUGGUGACCAAGUCGCCUACCACCCGGAACUCGUCGCCGGCUUCCUUUUACGCGGCAAAGGACUCGGAGACGCAAGGGUCGGCAACAUCCAGCAGUCCUGCCACUCCCUGUCCGUACAGUGAGGCGCGACAGCUGCCUCGCGAGCUCAAAGACCAUUGCCAGAUUUUUCUCGAAGAACAAAUCCAUACUUGUGCCAUCAAUUUGCUCAACAGCAUGCUAGGCUCCGGCAUUUCCCGGCAAGUUCCAACCAGCAAGACCGUGCCGGUGCCGCCCCCUAGCCAUCUCGCACUUUUGGGCACGCUGGUUAUUCAUCCGUUGCAUACGACUCGUGCAGACAAGCCGGAUCACCUGAUCGUGUCCUCCCUGGCGCUUAAUUACUUGCGCAACGUCCUGACCAUCGCUGGGCCCAUCAACGCCGGAUUCCGCGUCGCCUUCCAGUUCCACUCGACACCGAGAUGGGCCCGCCAAUCCGAUCGUCCUGGCUCUGCCAGCGAUAGCGACAUGUCCGACGGCGGCUCGAACGGCGACCUGGAUCAGUUGCGGGGUGCAAUGGCAAAUGAGGCGAGUGUUUGGAGCCGAGGCCAGGACUUGUGGUCCACGGUGGGCUGGGCUUUCAACACGGCGACAGUGCAUCCUCACCGGUGGCGCUACUGGAAAGUGUGGCUCGGGUUCAUGCUCGACGUCCUCGAUGCCGACUGGCGCGGACACGAGUCCGUUGCGUGGCGCACGGAAUCCAUGAUUUACAUGUAUAUGAAUCAGGACGGUCGUCAGACGGGACACAAGCGAAUUAUGAACGCGCUCUUUGCCGACGGGGGAAGCCAAUCCUUAUCUGCCUUCUUGGAGGUGUUCGAAAAGGAGCUAAGGGGGCCUAAGAAGGCGUCGAGAAAACGGAAAUGGGAGCAAGCCCUCGACCUGAAAAGCGACAAGUUCGGCGACUACUUUGAUGCUGAUUCGAUAUCAUCCAGUAUUUCUGAGCCGCCAACGCCGGAAAAGCGCCGCGGCGCGAGCAGGGAUGUCUCGUUUGGCUGUUCGAAUCCCGGUCUAGUCGAAUCAAUACGUCUUCGACUGAGGUUCUUCAAGCUUCUCUCUGCUGCCACCUCGGUGCUUCGCUGGCGGUUGGACCUUAACCAGCUCCACGAUGGCUUUGCGGCAGGCAUCAAGCUGCUCCCUCUGCAGAUGUUUGCUCUGUUUGUGUCACGACGAGAGAACCCACUGCUACCCGCAUCAUAUGUCACCAUUAUCAAGAAGCUGUUCCAUUUGCUGCUGCCUUCCCGGCACAAGGAUCCUAGAAAUGUGGAUCCAGAAGGCCAUGCCAUGGGCAGCUUGAGCUUACCCAUGCUGGAGCACUGCUACAUUUCGUCGCCUGCCAAUACGGUCGGGUUGGAGGACAACGCGAAGCUCUCUCUGGUGGUCGAGCAAGCGAUGCAGCUGUUAUGGGAUUGCGAAAUGAUGAAGUGCACGGACAGCUUUGCCAAAGCAGCCUUGAGAGGCGUCGAGGCGCGAGAGGCAAAGGCGAAGAAGAGGGGAAUGGGCAAGCGUCGCGCACAUUCCGGCUCUAUCGUGGCCCGGGAUGUCUUGGCUGGCUCUGCCGAAAGAAUCCGUAUGUUGAUACAGUUACUGGAGGCAUCGGCUGACUCGGACAGUGAGAAGCAGCAAGCCUUGAACUCGACCACCGACUCAGUAGAAAAUUGUAUCGUAGUCAAAUUGUAG